CAGUAUGAUAUGUUUAUAGGCAUUGGCUGAGAGCGAGCGAGUAUUAUAGCUGCUACUGCUUGAAGAGGAAAGGAAGAGGAGAGGGCGCUGGACGUCAUGGCAUCCAAAGACACCGUCGCGACUGCUUUUCUCACCGUGAGUCGGGAAAUGACAGAGAGCAUUAGACGAGUUAUCGACAAGACAUCAAUCAAGUUGGUGAGAGCUAUCAAAGUAGAGAACAAGAGUGGCAAAUCAGAAGAUCGGAUUCUGGUUUUGGCAACAUGGCGGCUGUACCUCAUGGCCCCCAAGAUACCAACCAAGGUGGAACAAACGUUCAACUUCCUGGAGAUUCGGGCAAUGAACACCCACCCGGAUAAUCAAGUUGUCAUAGAAACAGACAAGUCCACAUAUUCCCUGAGGCUGCAGUCUAACGACCACCUGGAUCAGCUGAUUAGCCACAUCAACUUUGCUCUCUCUCGGAUCUUCAACAACUCCAUCUACACCCCCUCCAUCUUUCACGCAGAUGGAGAUGUUACUGAUGGAAAUCAGAAAUUUUCUCCCAGCUCUGAGAGUUCGGUGGAGACGCAAAGGGCAUGUGGGGGCUUUUCUGAGACAUAUGCAGCUCUGUGCGAUUACAAUGGCAUCUCUUGUAAAGAGGAAGUGCAGUGGGAUGUGGAUACCAUCUAUCAUUCGCAAGACAACAGGGAGUUUAACCUGCUGGACUUCAGUCACCUGGAAAGCGGGGACCUUGCAGUGAUCGUGGCGGCCAUGGCGUAUAACUCAUGGUUCACCAAACUUUAUUGCAGAGACUUUCGCAUUAGUUCAGAGGUCGUAGAACAGAUUCUGCACACUGUCAGUAAAUCCAGCAGUCUGGAGGAGCUCACGCUAGAAAACGUGGGCCUUAAAGCAGAUUUCCCACAGAAAAUGGCCACUGCCCUGUCAGAAAACCCAGCAUCAGUCAUACACUCCAUUAACUUGGCCCACAAUACACUGGACAACCAAGGGGUGUCUAACCUUAUCCAGCAGGUGUGUCGGCUCAGUAAAGGCUUGCGUCUACUUAACCUCUCCAAGACCUCGCUCUCUUCAAAGGGUGUCACGUCUCUUUCUCAGGCCCUGUGCUCCAGUGAUGACUACUCCAACUCUCUUCUUCAUCUGGACCUGAGUAAGAACCCAGGGAUUCUGUCUGGAGAGGAUGCAACGAAUCUGUACCUGUUCCUGGCACAGCCGAACUGCCUGGUGCAUCUGGACCUGUCAGGCACUGACUGUACCGUAGACUCUUUAUUUGGAGCUCUGCUGCGGGGCUGCUGUGCCGAUCUCUCCUACUUGAACCUGUCCAAAAACUCAUUCUCUCACAGGAAAGUGAGAGAGCCACUUCCAUCCUUCCGUCAGUUCUUCAGUUCAGCAUUCAGCCUCACUCACAUCAGUCUGGCGUCUAUGAAGAUGCCUCCCGACGUGCUGAGGGCUCUGUUCCUUGGGCUUUCAGCCAAUCCUCACAUCACUGACCUACACCUGGACAUCAGCGGCUGUGAGCUCAGGUCUGCUGGAGCAGGGAUAAUACAGGACCUGUUCCCCAGAGUCUCCUGCAUCAGCACACUGGACAUCUCAGACAACGGGCUGGAUGCUGAUCUCUUCUGUGUCAUUCCUGCCUUCUCCAGACACCUGUCUCUCAAACACCUGCUGCUGGGCAAGAACUUUAAUAUCAAGGGCAGGGUUCUGGAUGAGGUUCUGCAGAAACUAGUGCAUCUUGUGCAGGAGGAAGAGUGUACCCUGCAGAGCUUGUCUCUGGCUGACUCCAGGCUGCGUUCGAGGGGCACGGUGCUUGUGAAUGCCCUCGGCAGCAACGCCUGCCUGAAGAAGGUGGAUUUGAGUGGGAAUGGGCUCGAUGACACAGGAGCAAGGAUGCUUAGUAAAGCUCUGCAGAUCAACACCACACUUAGGAGUGUGACGUGGGAUCGGAAUAACACAAGUGCUACGGGUUUCCAAGAUGUGGCUCGAGCCCUAGAACAUAACUUCACUCUGCAGUACAUGCCUGUCCCGCUCAGUGAUGUCACACAAGCAUACCGUAGCGCCCCGGAAAGGACAGAACAGGCACUAACCAAGAUCCAGCGAGCUUUGUUAAGGAAUAACCAGACUCAGCGUUUCUCUCAGAAACAGGCCCUUCGGUUGCAUCAGGGCCUGGUCACUAGUACCGCAGAACAGGUGAUGGAGCGUCUGUGUGUGCGCGUGCAGCAGCAGGUGUGUGUGUUGAGAGGAACAGGUGAAGGAGAAGAGCUACAGGCUGCCAGGCAGGUCCUCAAGGAGGCCAGGAACUCUCGAGCUCUGUACCCCUCGCUGUGUGAGCUGGCCCACGUGCUGUCAGUGGACGGUCCGGUGAGACAGAGGCUGGACUCUCUGGCUGGAGAACUCGCCAAAGCAGCUGAUAAAGAACUACAGGUCAUUGUGGACUCCAUGGUGUCUCUGUGCCGGGAGCUGUGUCCGCUUUCUUGUGCCGCAGCGGAGUGUCUUUCUCCUCCCCUCUCCUCCAUCUCCGAGCGAGUGUCCAUCCCUCGUUCGUCCAUCCGCACUGCUCUGAUGGAGAGAGCAGCUCAGGACAUCAACAGAGCUCUGGAGGAGGUCAAGCUGUCUGUGGUCUCAUAUCUCACUAACUCCAUUGUGGACCAGAUCCUACAGGAGCUUUAUGCCACUCACAAAACCCUGCUCCGGCAGGUUUCACAGAUGAGACGGCUGGAAGAUGGGGGAACAGCCAGGUGCACACACAGACAUGCUGACAUACUAGAUGUUGUGGAGGAUGACUUUGGCAUCAGCAUAGACACAAUCGCCAUUAAAAAACGCAGCUCCAGGACCAGACGCAUUCGUCCCGUGUCCAACAGACUCAGUCUAGGAGACGACCCCAACUCUUCACCUUUAGUGUCCACUCCUCAGACAUCUGCUCCCCUUUCACGCUCAGCAUCAUGGGAAGGUCUGUCCACCCUGCCAACACAAGGCUCACCUCUGCAUCAUGUGACCCACGGCAGACCGCGCCCACCACGAAGGCACAGGACUCCUCACGCUCCCUUUGAGACACACUGCUUGGAGAAUGGUGGAGUAUCUGUAUUGGAAGAUGGACUGCCUGACUUCUACACCAAGAGAGUUUUACCAGACAGUCAGCUGUCAUCCCACCAUCACGCUCAGGCUCUGAGGAGGAAGAAAAGACGCAGUGUGUUGUCAAUUUUUUCUGGAUUCAGAAAGAACCGAAACUCAACCAUAUCAUAUCAGGAAUCCGAACCUACAGGAAGGGACGGGGCCUGUGGGGAGGAAUGCCGCACUAAUAUCGCCACUGAGAAUGUGUACUCCUUGAUUCAACACCCAAAGGAUCGUGGGAGGUUAGAACUAGGCACUGAGGGCACUAAUGGGAGGCUGAUAGGGCUGGGUGUUCAGAGGAGCCCUCUGCUCUCAGGACGGCCCUUUCAGGGUAUACCCCUGCCAGGAAUGCUGGGAAUUAGCCCCCCUUGCUUCUCACAGAGACAGUCGCCUGAUUACAGUGAGGUGUUCGGCUCAACGGAAGAGAUUGGAUACGGAGAGCAUGAGAUGGAACGGCAUUUAGAUAUCGUUGCUAAAAGUCACACACCAUCUAUAGACAGACAGUCAGAAUCAGGAAGACAGGAAUCACAGUCAGACAGCCAGAAAAAGACAAACAGUAUAACAGACCCUCAGCUGCUGGAAACCAUAAAAAGACCCGAGCCGCCACCUCAGAGCACCAAGCCGAGCUUGGCUAAGACACGACAGCGCCACCUGGAGGAGAGCUUUGGUACUGCAUAUCCUGUCAUUAGUUGUCAUAGGCCAUUCAUUUUAGUGAAUCAUUCAUAUCUGAUAACUAGUUCUAAUAAGUAUUUUACACUAUAUAACUUUUUUUAAAUAAACAGUAUGAACAGUCAUAGUCAUUAUAUGUUGUCUUUCGAAAAAUCCGCUGAAGAUUCUGGAGAACUGAGGGAGAAGGAUGAGGAAAAAGAAGACAGGAGAUGCGGAGAAGACCAAAAACCAGAAGGACAGACUCCACCCAUCCCUGAAAAGCCAUGCUAUUAUUCACCUCACACGUCUCCCAUUGGCUCCUCGCCACAAGACGUGGCCAAUGAGAAUCAGCCACCAGCUGCUCCGCCCUCCUCUGCUAAGCCUGUGUUUCAUUCUGCUUCAGUAGAUUCUGCAUUGCUUCAAGGUGAUGAAGUCAAAAGCAGCCUUAUAGGUCCCAUGAAACCAUAUCGAAACAGGAAAGCAAACUCGUGUGACACAGGUCAUCAGAGUUCGGAGCCAAGCAAUGCUGAAGCGUCAUGACACCCAUUGGAGCCAAAGCUCUGUGAAAACAGAGGGUCUUUGUGAUGCUGAGAGGAGAGAGAGGGAGAGAUAUGAUCAGAUGAAUCUGCAGCUUGAUGAAUUCAUAAAGACUCUUGUUUUUUUUUUUUGCAUAUUCUUGCUCACUCAAGUGAAUAGUUUUGCAUCCCCUCCUGCUUUUACUUAACCAUCAUUCUCAACCUUAUGCACUUAACUACGAUUCCUUUAUUUCACUCUCUCUCUCCGUCUCUCUCCCUCUGAGUCUUCUGACAAUCUUUGACAUAAAGGAACUUUUUGCUACAGUAUUUAUCUUUAAAACCAUAGAAUGAUAUUUUGUCAAGUAUAAUAUAUAUAAACAGAGCCAAUAUUUGCACUAAUCAUUGCUUGAAUUCUCGUUCAGUUCAGUGGAUGUACCUCCCUCUUAUGUCCGGCGUUAUCCACGUGAAGUUUUGUAGUGUGCGACUUACUUAUUCUUAUCAUUUUCUGUCUACUCGAUCAAUAUCAUUAGCAGUAUUAAUGUUGUCUCAAUCAGGCAUUGUUUAUGCAACUGGAGAAAUGUUUAAGAGUUUGCUGGCCCUCAAUGAGCUUUAUUUUCUACUAAAUGUGAUUGACUGAAUAAAAGCUGAAUAUUGCAGUUA